AUGUUUCUCAAAAAACGUGUUUUUCGUAGAUCUGAAAUCAAAACUGAACAAGAAGAUGUUUUAAUUUCUAAAGAAACGAAUAUAAGAGACGAUGACUAUAAACAUACGGGUUUUGUACUUGACCCUCAUUCAACUUUAUAUCAUUUGUGGUUGUGUAUUAUAUCCGUCGCCAUUGCCUACAAUGUAAUGAUUAUACCAGCAAGAUUUGCGAUCGUAGUUUUUGAUCAUAGUUAUCGAGUUAUAUGGAUAUCAUUGGAUUAUGUAUUUGAUUUGAUAUAUCUUAUUGAUUUAUUUUUUCAAUCACGUACAGGUUAUCUCAGUCAUGGUUUAUUUGUUCAAAAUCAUUUAGUUUUAUCAGCAAAUUAUUUUUCUUCACAAAAAUUUAAAUAUUUGGAUAUACCGAGUAUAUUUCCAACAGAUAUUUUAUAUUUUAUACCAAAACUAAGAUUUGUAUCUAUAAUUAGAUGUAAUCGUUUUCUACGUAUUUAUCGUUUAUUACAAUUUCGUUCUUUAACAGAAACUAGAAUACGAUUUCAAAAUGCAUUUCGAAUGUUUACAUUAAUCUGUCUUGUUAUAUCAAUGAUUCAUUGGAAUUCAUGUGCCUAUUUAUUAUUAUGCCGUUAUUUAGGAUUUGGCACUGAUCGAUGGGUGCUACCAGCAUCAGCCCAAUUCGAUACGUUACCUAUGUUAUAUACAUACUGUUUUUAUUGGUCAACAUUAUUAUUGAGUACUAUCGGAGAUGUACCAUUACCAGUGAAACGGAUUGAAUACAUUUUUGUUUUAUUCGAUUACAUGAUUGGUGUAAUAAUAUUUGCAGCCAUUAUUGGCUCUUUAGGUUCAAUGAUUUCUGAUACAAGUCAAUCUAGUCAACAUCUUCGUGAAAAAAUGGAUGAAAUAAAACGAUUUAUGAAAUUUCGCAAUGUUGAACGAAACUUAGAAAAGAAAGUAGUUAAAUGGUUAGAUUAUUUAUAUACAAAUAGAGAAGUGUUAAAUGAAGAAAUAAUUCUUAAUACAUAUUUAUCAACAGAGUUAAGAAAAGAAUUUGCUAUUAAAGUUCAUUUAAACACUUUACAACAAGUAGCAUUGUUCAAUGAUUGUGAAACGGGUUUAUUAAUUGAGCUUGUCACAAAACUAAAACCCAUCUUUUUUGGUCCCGAAGAUUAUGUAUGUCGAAAAGGUGAUAUAGGAAAAGAAAUGUAUAUUAUUAAACGUGGACAAUUAGGCGUUGUAUCUGAUGAUGGAAAAACAACAUUUGUUGUAUUAAAAGAAGGCGCUGUAUUUGGUGAAAUAAGUAUUCUAAAUAUUCCAGGUUCAAAAAAUGCCAAUCGUCGUACAGCUAAUGUCAAAAGUUUGGGUUAUGCUGAUUUAUAUAGUUUGUCGAAAGAUGAUUUAUGGGCAGCAUUAGAUGAAUAUCCUAUAGCACGAACAAAAUUAAUCGAAAAAGGAAAAUCAAUAUUGAGAAAAGAUAAUUUAUUAGAUGAAUCAAUUGCAGAUAAACGUCAUAAUGAACAAGAACAAUUAAUUCCAUUGAAUGAACGUAUUAAUAAAUUAAUUAGUGAUGAAACGAAUUUAAGAACAAAAAUUACAAAUUUUUUAGAAUUAUAUGUGGAAAAUUUGCGUACUUUUAAACAAAAUUUAUCAAAAGUUGAAUAUUAUUAUGGUGCAAGAAAACCAUCAAUUUGUGUUAUUCCACCUCCUCCAACACCACCACCGCCCAUAAAACAAUUUAAUAUUAUGCCUAAAUUUCCACAUAAACCUACAAUUUCAUUAUUACCAUUUGAUGAAGAUAGACAAUGA